AAAAUGUGGAUUCUCUCCUUGUGUGUAGUAUGAAAUGCUUCAUGUCACACCACCAAUGGGCCCACCAGAUGUCCUCAAGACCAGUCCUGUGGCUGAUGCUGCUGGUUGGGUGGAUGUGGAUAAAGAAACUCUGCAACACAAGAGGUACCCAAAUGUGUUUGGGAUUGGGGACUGCACCAACCUUCCUACGUCAAAGACCGCUGCUGCAAUAGCUGCCCAGUCAGGAAUACUUGAUAGAACAAUUUCUCUGAUUAUGAAGAAUCAAACACCAACAAAGAAGUAUGAUGGCUACACAUCAUGUCCACUGGUGACCGGCUACAACCGUGUGAUUCUUGCCGAGUUUGACUACAAAGCGGUGCCGCUAGAAACCUUCCCCUUUGAUCAAAGCAAAGAGCGCCUUUCCAUGUAUGUCAUGAAAGCUGAUCUGAUGCCUUUCCUGUAUUGGAAUAUGAUGCUAAGGGGUUACUGGGGAGGACCAGCAAUUCUGCGCAAGUUGUUUCAUCUGGGUAUGAGUUGAGGAUGGCUCAGCACUUGCUCAUUUGGAUGGCUUCUGGGCCAAAACUGCAGUCACUGAAUGACCAAGAGCAGCACGAAGGACUUGGAACCUAUCCUUGUAAAGAGUUUCUUGAUGGAUAAUGGUGACCACAUGCCUCCCUUUUCAGUACCUUUGAACAGCAACCAUGUGGGCUGCUUAUGAUGGGCUUGAUUCUUUGGGAAUAAUAAAACAAAAUAAUGCUUUUAUUUUCUGAAUAACGGUUUGUCACUGA